ACUCGGGUGCUCUUGGUAAGUGGGAGGAGGUAACAUCAUCUGAGGUGCUACAUAUUCAGCAGUCAGUUCGCUAACCGCAGGUUUCCGAGUAACGUAAAUUUAGGAAGUAGCUGAAGCAUUAGAAAAGUACUUGCAAAGAAUAUUGAAAAAUUCUAUUACCACUUUCUGCUGUUUCAUGUGAGGAAAUUGUAUUGGACAAGAGGUCCAGAUGCAAAUAUUGCGGUAAUCGACUAAAUAAUAUACCAAACAUUUGUGAGGUAUGAAGUAAAUUCUGUAAUUAAAAAGUCAUAUCAGUGAUGACAUGAAGUGGGCAUUACAUAUCGAAAUACUCCUCCUGUACGUUGUAACUUGCCAAGAGUAUGGAAUUCAGGUGACGAAUGAUAAUAUCAAGCAAUUUCUGUCUCGCACGGAAUGGGAGUUACUCGUUGGACCUGGCUCAGAGGCUGACUUCGAAAUAAUUCAUCCAGUUCUAUAUAGACCAGAAUCCUCAUCCAAAUAUGAACAAACGAUAUCGAUUAAUGCUCUUGGACAAAGCUGGCUGUCUGAAUUAAUUCCCAGCAAUUCGAUCGUCGCGACGGAGUUUGCGUUGCUGAGGAGAAGCGAAAACGGAACGGAAGAUGUCACCAAUGAGCACAGAGAUGAAUUUGAUUGCCUUUAUUACGGAAAUGAGAUUGCCGUAUCAACUUGUGAUGGCAUUAGAGGCGUCAUAUCAGGAAAAGGGUCGGAGUAUUUCACGAUACAUCCAUUGCCGAAAAGAUUGCAAAAUCACAGUUCAGAUACUCAAGCGCACAUGAUAUCGAGACGAGUACUCACGAAUCACGACGGAUUAGGAACUCAAAGGGAUGAAAUAAAAAUGGAUCUGAUUUCUGAUCUAGCAUCGAGUAAAAACAGCGUUGAGACUUCGGCGGAAAUCGAUAAAAAAUAUCAAGAGGAACAUUUAAUCGAUGGUGAUUCGAAUGACGCUCCCAAAGCGUCGGGUACAUUCCAGGAAAUAACGGUCCAGCGGGAUCUCUGGAAUGAAAAAUCUGUAUUUCGCUACAAAAGGGGCAUUUCCGAACUUCGUAGAACGGACAGAGGAACUGGCAGCAGUCCAGUAUUUGUUGAAACUGCUGUUUUUGUCGAUAGAGAUCUAUAUCAUCACAUGGCUAGGAAUUACCCUCAAAACACGGAACGGGAGCUCGUCAGAUUUGUACUGGCAAUGAUAAAUGCUGUGCAGCUUCUAUAUCACGAUUCGUCCUUGGGACAAAUUGUAAAUUUUGUUUUGAAGCGGUUAGAAAUAUUGCAUGUUGAACCGGCAGGACUGAACAGGCCUCACGAUAUCGAUAAAUACUUGAGUAGCUUCUGCCAGUGGCAAGGACGAGAGAAUCCCGGGACUGAUCAGGACACUAGGCAUUGGGAUCACGCUUUGAUGUUGACUGGCCUAGAUUUGUACGUCGUUAAUAAACGUGGAAAAGUUAGUUCUCAAGUCGUUGGUUUAGCCCCAGUUGCUGGAAUGUGCACAAAGACUAGUAGCUGCACUGUAAACGAAGGAAGACAUUUCGAAAGCGUUUACGUGGUCGCCCAUGAAAUAGGGCACAACUUGGGAAUGAGACACGAUGGUUCUACAUCCGAUAAUCAAUGUGAUCCGACCAGCUACAUAAUGAGCCCAACGCUAGGCUCUGGUAAAAUUACUUGGUCUCCUUGCAGUCGAAGUUACCUCCAGCGGUUUCUACAAACGAGCCAAUCAAGAUGUCUUUUAGACCAUGGUAGUAGUGGAGGCCAAUUGGAUCAUAGCGCGGAGGGUGCUUUACCAGGAGAAAGGUUUGACUCGAAUCAACAAUGUAUUCUGAAAUAUGGAUUUGGCAGUAGACAUUCGACCCAGCAACCCCUCGACGAUAUAUGCAGGGAUAUGCAUUGCGAACGUGAGCGAUACACCUGGACGUCGCAUCCUGCUUUGGAAGGAACCUUCUGUGGUAACAACAAGUGGUGCCGUGGUGGUCGGUGCAUUGAUAAGAACGGACUAUCUACGUAUGGAAGUAGUACAGAAAAAAUAUCUGGUGUUUGGAGUGCAUGGCACAUAUCAGAAUGUGCUUCAGGAUGUCUUUAUGACGAACACGGUAACUUAGACGGUGGAAGUACUGGCAUCAGAGUGAUAACGCGUAGUUGUAACACUCUAAGCUCGCUUAGUGAAGAAAGUAAAUGUGUUGGUCCUCGGAAACGUUACGUGGCCUGCAGAGCUGGACAAUGCUUGAAAGUUCCAUCUACAACCAUUAACGAAUUUGCGGAUCAAAUUUGCACGCGAGCCAGAGACGUGGAUGUGGAUUUGUUGGGCACUGGGCUCCAAAGGAUAUCGUCAAAUGUCGAAGAAGCUUGCACUGUGUGGUGUCCCACAAAUAAAGGGGGAUUCAAAACCCGAGGAUGGACGUUUCCCGACGGAACGGCAUGUCAAACGAGGAAGUACCAAUUCCAUAAAACGUCUUAUUGCAUCACUGGCCGGUGCGAGGAAUUUCUGUGCUCUGGGUCUGAAAAUGAUCAAUUUUUGGAUUUACCAGAAAGAUGCCACUCCUUGAACACGAAUCACAUUGACAGAAAUGACGACAUAGAUCUACUAUCUAAAAACUUGAAUAUUGAUAGAUCUGAUAAUUGGAUGAGCGCAAGUGGAUGUCACUUCAAUUGUAUUGCUCCAGGAAUUGGUAUAAGAUUAGUAAAUAGGUUGAGAAUGAAAGCCAAUGAAACAAGUAUUCAACUAUGUGAUCCUGACUCGAAUAGCUGCGGGCGCCUUAGUAGUCCCUAUCAGUUCGCAACGUCAAUAUGUAGUAAGUACAAGGAAAGAGUCAGACGACUAUCUGGAUUAGGGAUGCAGAUUUCACCGUCGAUUGAAGAUCCGGAUCGGCCAUGUCACGUCGCUUGCCAAGAUGAUACCGUUUCGCACAGAUUUUAUUUGGUAAAUGGGGAAAACGGUUGGUUCCCGUUCGGGACCGCUUGUAGUAAAGGAAAUGUAAAAUCGUUUUGCGUAACAGGAAAGUGCUUGGAAUUUGGUAAAGACGAUACUCCACUGUAUGAAAGUAUACUUUCGUUGCCUUUAUUGUCACGAUACAAACGUAUGUCUAAUCGAAGAUUGAGUUCAGGACCGGGUCAGAACGAUCGCACACUCAGCUGGCAUAAGUCAGUGAAAGGAGAUUCGCGAGGCAGAUACCGGCGGAACUUGAAAUACGAUAAAACCGUGAUAAUAUCGAAAUUGAAACAAAAAGAUAUAGACAGUAUUAUUUUACAAUUAAAUUUCUCUGGUCAAUUCAACUAUCAACAAUAUCGUCCGCCGUUUCAAAUAGACCUCAACAAUCCUAUACACAUUCCUAUGGAUCAGUUUGACUACAGGAUGUAUAACUCAGCAUGAUUGUGAAAAGUUAUGUCACAAUAUUGUACUAUUUAUAUGAAUAAACUAAUUUAAAAUUUCACAUAAAUCCUUUGACCCUUAUUUUAUUGCGUAUCGAAUUGCGCGUACUAGCCGAUUUGAUACGGGCAGUUUAAGGUAACGGAGUUUUGUUUACGAUAGAGUGCGUAGACCCGGGGUAAAAUUAUAAUCACGAUGGUAGUGAUUUCUAAUUCAUCUAUUUACUAUGAUAUUAAACUUUAAUGGAUUUUAAUCAUGCCUAUAACCGUAAUUACGAAACACGUUUGGAUGUUAUAUGGUUGCAUAAAUGUCACACACCUAAGAUACAUAAUUUGGUAGUUAGCCUUCGUAUCUUACUCAAUAAUGGAUAAUAAUUGCGCUUAUAUACAUGUUGAUUUCGUCAAUGUGGCCAUGACCGGUUUUGGUUCCUGAAAACACACAAAAUCUGUUUCUUUCCAGGUGACAUUACAUGAUACCAGAUUUGCACUGGACUGGAUUUAAUUAAUUCAUUCAUUACUAUUCGGUGCCAAUCGAGUUACUAAAGUGAUUCACGAUAGAACGGGUUAAUUGAUUCCCUUCAAACACCGUUAUACUAGCACCAUUGAGUAACGUUA